GUAUGAGACUCCUUAGGAAGCUCAGAUGGUAGUUCAAGUACAAGCUGUUCAUGCGCGAAAGGAACUCAAAGCGGAUUAGCUAGCUACUAUUUUACAAACAGAAUUUGAUGGUCACUGUGAAGGUGAGCUACUCUAGGUCUCAACAUCUUCCUCUUCAGAUUCGACAUCUCUACUACUUGACCAACUUGGUAGUCGAGCAAUGCAAUCACUCAGCGAGCUCGACACUCGACUAACUCAGCGACUCAGCAACUCGGCCAACUCAGAGUUGACAACCCGCUCGACACUUGACUAUAACUCGGCGACUCAACAACUCGGCCAACUCAGAGUUGACAACCCGCUCGAGUACUCGGCGUCCCGACUCAGCAACUCACUUGAGCGGUACAGCGGACUUGGGAAUCACUCGGGCCGCUCAAACCUCGCAGCACUCAGCUUCGUCCAGUGACUUCCUACUUAUGCUCGAACGAUCCAGGAGCUCGGCGUAACCUUUCAGGUUGACAAUUUAAAAUUAUCUUCGAGUCAUUUCGGCUGAAUUUAACUCAAAUUUUCUUUGUAACUCUACACCAAUUUGGAUAGAUUACGGAUUAUUUUUCAACGGUACUUGGCAUGACUUGAACAUGCUGAGGUCCAUGGGGGUGAAUUCUUCCAUGUUUUCCCAGCAUGAUGGGUGAUGCUACAUGAGAGACUUGCAACUCAAACUUAUUUGCUCUCUAAUGGAAUCAUUCACCCUUAUUUAGCGACCAAUCCAGCUUUAAUAAAUUAACGAAUAAUUUUUUAAUAGACGGUUGAUUUAACAAUGUUGAAUUGAUAGACCGUAUGUUGCGAUUACUUUCAUUUAUUUUGAUGAUCGAUGGAAAAUUUUUAUAAGAUUAAAUCGGUCAAAAUUAAUUGACACAACUUGAAUAUCUAUUGCAAGUCAAAAAACACAACCUUGAUUCAUACAUUAUCAUUUGCAUGAUCUUUCUUAUCUAUUCUCGACAAUUCUAUUCGCCUACCCACAUAGCUAGAGAGAUACGCGAUUAGAUUAAUUCUAAAUAUGGUGGCCUUGAGUUACUAUUAACUAGUUAUAAUAUAUAUAUGCCCUAAUGAAGUGGACCUAAUUAAAUUCGAUUCGCUUGUCCCUAUUACAACUCCUAGGCUUCUCUUGAUUAACUAGCGGGCGCUUUAUACUAGAUACUACACAUUUUUAACAUCAAAUCAAUCCACUUAGCCAAUCUAAUUAGCUUAUUAAUCCUAACCACUUGAAUAAAACCUAAAGCUUUUCGACUUUGCCAGUUGCCACUACUUUAAUAUAGUUAACAUAAAAAUCCUUCACUUAUUUUUCAAUUAAUUCCACUCCACAAAAGGUGGAAUUAAUACUCGUCUUAAUUUAUCUCCCUAAAAGUUAUAAGGAACUCAUCAUGAUAUUCCCAUUAAAAUUAUAUACACACAUGUUCUCACCCACACUAUAAAUAGUGUGUCCUUCGAUAUAGUUUGGACAUAUAUUAGUUGUUAUAUUAUAAGAAGAGGUCUAGAGAAUGAUAAAGGUGAGGGAGUUCGAGAUGGAGAAGGACUUGAUUAUGGUAGAGGAGUUGGAGCGCCAAUGUGAUGUUGGCCCGACCGCUGACAUUGGAGACACGAAGAAGAAGAAGUUGAAGAAGAAGAGCCUCUCUCUCUUUGUGGAUUUGUUGGGUGAUCCGUUGUCUCGAGUUCGUCAUGCGCCUGAUUAUGUCAUGCUCGUGGCUGAGUCGGGGGAGAAGGAGAUGGUGGGAGUGAUAAAAGCAUGUGUUAAGAUGGUUACAAGAGGAAGGGAUUCGGUUUACGUUAAAGUCGCUUACAUUCUCGGCCUCCGAGUCUCUCCUUAUCAUCGGCGACUCGGGAUCGGGACGAAGCUGGUGGAGCGGGCCGAGUGGUGGAGCGCCGCCCGCGGGGCGGAGUACGCCUACAUGGCUACCGACGCCGCCAACGCUGCCUCCAUCAACCUCUUCAUCCGCCGCCUCGGAUACUCCCGAUUCCGCUCCCCCGCCGUCCUCGUCCACCCCAUCCACGCCCACCGCCUCCCUGUCUCCUCCUCUUCCACCGCCGUCCUCCGCCUCCCGCCUCCUGCCGCCGCCGCCAUCUACCAACGCAUCUUACCACCCUCCGCCGUCGAGUUCCUCCCCUCCGACCUCCCCGCCCUCCUCGCCCACCCUCUCACCAUCGGCACCUUCCUCGCGGUCCCCUCCUCCUCAAGCGCCGCGACCAACCCCGGCGACGAACUUCCAGGAACGUCGUUCGCGGUGAUGAGCCUGUGGGACUCAACGCAGGUGCUCCGCCUUCGGGUGGCGGGAGCGCCGACGGCGACGAGGGCCGCGCUGGCGGUGCUGCGGGCGGUGGACAGCGGCGCGCCGUGGCUGAGGGUGCCGUCGGUGCGCGACGUCUUCCAGCCAUUUGGAGUCUACGUCAUGUACGGCCUCCACAUGGCGGGGCCGGAGGGCCCGCGUCUGAUGCGCAGGCUGUGCCGGGUGGCGCACAACGCGGCGGUCGGCGACGCCCAUUGCGCCGCCGUGGUGGCGGAGGUGGGCACGAGGGACCCGGUGCGGGCGGCUGUGCCGCACUGGAAGCGCUUCUCCUUUGACGAAGACGUCUGGUGCAUGAAGAGGCUGUGUAGCAGCCUCAGCAGCGACGGCGACGAUUGGAUGGCAUCCCCGCCGGCGACGGACGUCAUUUUCGUAGAUCCGCGCGAGUUUUGAAUAUAAAUUAAAACUAUGUAUAUAUACUAAUUUCGGUUCGGAGGCAGACGAUCUCCCUUGAUUUGUCAUUUGGAUAAAUACGGAAUCCAAGUUAAUUAUAUAUACUUAGAAGUAAACCUC